AUGCGGGGGUCCCGGGAUGAGGGCCCGGCGCUGUGCCCGGACCCCGAGCGCCAGAAGCGCUGGGCCGAGCUCUUCGACCAGCUGGACACCAACAAGGACGGGCGGGUGGACAUCAACGAGCUGCGGGAGGGGCUGGCGCGGAUGGGCAUGAAUGCCAGCUCCCGAGCUGAACAGGAGAUCCUGCGCGAGGGUGACACAGACCGGGAUGGUGAGCUGGACUUUGAGGAGUUUGUGUCUUACCUGCAGGAGCGAGAGCGCAAACUGCGACUCAUGUUCCACAGCCUGGACCGCAACAACGAUGGCCAGAUCGAUGUGUCCGAGAUCCAGCAGACAUUCCACAGCCUCGGAGUCUACAUCUCUCUGCAGCAGGCAGAGAAAAUCCUCCAAAGCAUGGACAAGGACGGCACUAUGACCGUCGACUGGCACGAAUGGAGAGACCACUUCAUCCUCAACCCGCUGGAGAACAUGGAGGAGGUCGUCCACUAUUGGAAGCACUCCACGGUCCUGGACAUCGGCGAGUGCCUUACGGUCCCUGACGAAUUCUCCGAGAAGGAGAAGAGGACGGGGAUGUGGUGGAAGCAGCUGCUCGCGGGUGCCAUGGCUGGGGCUGUCUCCAGAACCGGAACCGCCCCGCUGGACCGGCUUAAAGUUUUCAUGCAGGUUCACGCCUCCAAGACUAACAACAUGAACGUGUUUGGGGGGCUGAAGGGCAUGAUCCAGGAGGGGGGCGUCUGCUCACUCUGGCGCGGCAACGGGAUCAAUGUGCUGAAGAUCGCGCCUGAGUCUGCCAUCAAGUUCAUGGCCUAUGAGCAGAUCAAGCGGGUGAUUCGUGGGCAGCAGGAGACGCUGCGGGUGCAAGAAAGAUUUGUGGCCGGCUCACUGGCCGGUGCCACUGCUCAGACAAUCAUCUACCCAAUGGAGGUGCUGAAGACCCGGCUGACCCUGCGGAAGACGGGUCAGUACUCAGGGGUGGCCGACUGCGCUAAGAAGAUGCUGCAGAAGGAGGGAAUCCGGGCCUUUUACAAGGGCUACCUGCCCAACGUGCUGGGCAUCAUCCCCUACGCUGGCAUCGACCUGGCUAUCUAUGAGACACUGAAGAACAUGUGGCUUCAGAAAUACAGCAGGAACACAGCAGACCCCGGCAUCCUGGUGCUCCUGGCCUGCGGGACGAUAUCCAGCACCUGCGGACAGAUAGCCAGCUACCCACUGGCCUUGGUGAGGACUCGGAUGCAAGCCCAAGCCUCCAUCGAGGGCGCCCCGCAGCCAACCAUGCUGGGCCUUUUCAAGCACAUCCUGUCGCGGGAGGGGGUGCUGGGCCUGUACCGGGGCAUUGCCCCCAACUUCAUGAAAGUGAUCCCGGCCGUCAGCAUCAGCUACGUGGUCUACGAGAAUAUGAAGCAGGUGCUGGGCGUGACGUCCAGAUGAACCCGCCGGCCCAGCGGGGCCUGGAUGCCCCUGGUCCACCGCUUUCCCCCUGCCCCCUCGCUGCAGGAUCGGGGCCGGGAGGCGGCUCCGGAUCCAGGAGCGUUAAGAGGGACACUGAGAGAUCUCAGCUGGAGCCCCCCCAACACACACCUGCCCCGAUGGAGCAGGCCUGAGCCGGUCCAGAGGACCAAACCCUGGAGCAACCCUGAGGUGUUGGCUGUGAGAACCAAAAGGGGAACCCCUCACCCCAACUCUGCCGCUCAGAACAUGUCUGCUAGGGGCACCCUUUGCCAGGGGGUGUGGGCUAGGAGCAGACCCGGGGCGUUUGUGGGGAGGAUUAAUACAAAGUUCAGGGUUUGACUAAUUUUAGUUUGAGGUUUGACAAGCUCGGCUUCCAACUGCCCCCCACCCCCACCAGGUCUGCUGUGGGGUGCGUCACUCCUGGAAGCGCAUGACACAUGUACACCCCGUUCCCUGCAUGCUACGGCCUGGGGCAUGGCAUGUUUCCUGCACCGGGGGCUUUGCUGCCCCCAAGCACUCGCUGACACAGCCCUGUCAGUGGAUCCCAGUGGAGACGCCUCCAACCAGCACUGACACUGGAUCUCAUGGGAUAAUCCCUCCGGUCAGCAGCCCUUUACUCAGCACUGACACUGGGUCCCAGGGGAGAAUCCUUCCAAUCAGCACUGACACUGGAUCUCAUGGGAUAAU